AUGAAAUAUCCACGCGAUAUUCUGAACUUUUUUAGGCUAGCACCGGCAUUCUCUGGCAAACUCGACGGCAUGUCAUCCGAGAGCUGGCUCGGUAUUAUGCCCGCCUACGUACAUGAUUUUCUUGAAGGCUACCCUGACUACAUCAUCGUCCAGUGCCUGCAGCGCAAGCUUUCUGGGGUUGCCUAUGAGACCGUCGGCAGGCGCCGUUACGCAACACCAGCACAGCUGCUGGAGGACCUGGCCAGAUGGUUCCCGCAGGAGAUAUACAGAAAGGAGGCACAGAACCAGAUUGAUGCUGGCCUGAGACUGGCUAAUGGCCGUGUGUAUCAGGUCAGAGUUGCUGCACUUUCUGUGUUCGACAGGGCUGGUAGGAAUGAUGGGAAUGCGGUGGAGAUUUGUCGCCAGAUCAGCCAGGAGUACCCAAAGAUCUGGGAGAAACUAGAGGUUGAUCCAGAUAUGGUUACGGCCGGUCGGUUCGAGCAGAUGUUGGUUCGUUUCGACAGCCAGGUCCAGGAAAGCGCGAUGCAUUUAAGUGGCUCGCCAUUUGGCCACAAGGUGUAUGAUAGUGACCAUGGGACGGAGCCUACUCAGGAGAAUGGCUGUGGCCAUGGUCGCGGUCGUGGUCGUGGACGCAGUCGUGGUGGUAAGGGUAAUCGCCUCUAG